ACUGCCAUGCUGGUAUGGUAGUACCACUCACUCAUUGCAGCCGCAGCACUCCACAUUUGCCUUGGCAUGGGCACUCGCCUGGUUUGGGUUGGGCAGGGCGCCCUCAUUCCUCAGCUCCCUUGCUGCUCUGCCUUUCCCAAAAGCAGGCACACCAAGUAAAUUAUUCCCCUCAACUCGAUUGCCUCAUGCUGCAAAGCCUCAUGCUUUGUCGGGACCGGCUAGCUAACUCUGACUGCACUUCUCUCUCCUCUCCACUCUACCAUCUGGCCAUCACCAUGAUCGAUAAGCGGAGAGCAACCUAGGCUGGCUGGCAGUCGCAGAGUGGCAGUAGUAUAUAGCGCCGCCCCCGGUGCCGUCGCCUGGGGAGCCUUGGAAGCGGAGACCUUUGCGUACAGGGAGGACGAGUGCUCGCUCCCCCGUCUUUGUUCGCCUUGCCCGAAGCAACGCAACGACCCGCCCCGCCACCACUUGAAGGCAGCUCCUGGAUCACUAAGGAGCCACGCCGCCGGCUACAUUUCUGGCAGCAGGAGCAGGAGCAGGAGCAGCCCCGACUCCCAAGGCCGCAGGCAAGCGAGCAAGCGAGCGGCGCGCACCAAAGCAGCAGCAGCAGCCACGGACCGGCCAAUGUAUUCUUCUCCUCCGCCGGCCUGGGAGAAGGAGAAGCGCAGCAGCGGCGACGACCAGAAGCGACCCUGCAUCAGGAGGUUCCGCGAGCCGGUCAGGACCCCGCACUGAUGGCAGCCAGCGCGUCGCCUUCUCGCCUUGCGCUCCUCGUCGCGCUGCUGCUUCUCGCCGGCUGGGCGUCGGCGGCGAACCAGAACCAGAACCAGAACCAGACGCGGGGGUUCCGGCCCGGCGACGAGCUCCGGCGGUACAGGAGGGUGCAGGCGCUGCUCCGGCGGCUCAACAAGCCGGCGCUCCGGACCAUCCAGAGCCCCGACGGCGACCUCAUCGACUGCGUGGCGGCGCACCUGCAGCCGGCGUUCGACCACCCGAGGCUGCACGGCCAGAGGCCACUGGACCCGCCGGCGCGGCCCAAGGGGCACCACCACCGCCGCCCCAACGACACCGCGGGCGCCGGCACGCAGCUCUGGGCGGCGUCCGGGGAGGCCUGCCCGGAGGGCUCCGUGCCCAUCAGGCGGACCACGGAGGCCGACGUGCUCCGCGCCAGCUCCGUCCGCCGCUUCGGCAGGGCGCCCGCCGCCAGGGUGCGCCGCGACUCCGUCGCCGGCGGUCACGAGCACGCGGUGGGGUACGUGGCCGGCGACGAGUUCUACGGCGCCAAGGCGAGCAUCAACGUGUGGGCGCCCAAAGUGAGCACGGCGUCGGAGUUCAGCCUGUCGCAGAUCUGGGUCAUCGCGGGCUCCUUCGGCAACGACCUCAACACCAUCGAGGCCGGGUGGCAGGUCAGCCCGCAGCUCUACGGGGACAACUCGCCAAGGUUCUUCACCUACUGGACGACGGACGCGUACCAGACGACGGGGUGCUACAACCUCCUCUGCUCGGGCUUCAUCCAGACCAACAGCCGCAUCGCCAUGGGCGCCGCCAUCUCCCCCACCUCCGCCUACAACGCCGGCCAGUUCGACAUCAGCCUGCUCGUCUGGAAGGACCCGAACCACGGCAACUGGUGGCUGGAGUUCGGCUCCGGCGAGCUGGUGGGGUACUGGCCGUCGCUGCUGUUCACCCACCUGGCGUCGCACGCGAGCAUGGUGCAGUUCGGCGGCGAGGUGGUGAACACGCGCGCGUCCGGGGCGCACACGGCCACGCAGAUGGGCAGCGGCCACUUCGCCGGCGAGGGCUUCGGCCGCGCCUCCUACUUCCGGAACCUCGAGGUCGUGGACUGGGACAACAGCCUGGUGCCGCUUGCCGCCGGCUUCCACGUCACCGCCGACCACCCCAGCUGCUACGACAUCCAGGGCGGCGUCAACGCCGUCUGGGGCAACUACUUCUACUACGGCGGGCCCGGCAGGAACGUCCGGUGCACGUAGCAGUGCGAGCACCUAGCACUAGCAGGGGGGUUGAAUUGAAGAACAGGAUGCAGUCAUGCAUGCAGAUGAGCGAGGAGGAUACUUUUUUUUGGUUUAAUUCCCAUGGCAAUCUCUCUUUCUUGGUCUUUUCUUUUUCUUUUCUUUUUCUUGCAAAAGGUUCAUUUCUCAAAAGGGAGAAUCCACCAUCAUGUAAUUUCUUCAAUUUUCUUUUUUUUUCUCUUUUUUGGUGGUCUAAAACAAAAGGGUUGGGUACCAGGUAUGGUCAGUGCAAACUAGUCAGGUUCAUCAGGUAGUGACGAGUUGUAAUGUAAAAGCCCCCUGAACAAUGUAGCAAGCUAGCAGUAUAUACAUUUGCAUUGUCCAUCAACAACAA